UUGACGCACGGAUUUUUGGCAGCCCUGGUUUGUUAUUGUUAUUAUUACGUUGUUUAGUCAAAUUGUAUAAUAUUUAUCUAAAGUAAGAGCUCGUUUGGAUUUUAAAAAAACCAGCAGUUGCUUCAACUGCUGCAACAACAAAUGCAGUGAACUAAGAUCCAAUCAGAAUGCGUGCUCCUCUGUGCUUCAGCUGCCAGCGCUGCCUGCUUGGCCGGGCGACAAUCCAAUUAGCCGCAGCCUUCCAGGCCAGACAUCUGGCGAAUAAAGACGCCUCGGAUAUUGUGUUACCCCCGGAACCCACCACCUGCUGCAUGUCCGGAUGCCCCAAUUGCGUCUGGGUGGAGUACGCGCAGACUGUGGCCAAGCUGCUGGGCAACAACGACGAGCGUGCCCGUGAGAUUGUCCUGGCCAAGAUCAAAGAUCCCAAUUUGCGAAUGUUUUUGAGCAUGGAGCUGAGCAACUUAAAACAGCUUCGAGAGGCAGAGGAGGCAAAAAAGAAACCCAAAUAAUCCAAAAUGUAGCACAAAAUUGUAUUCAAAAAUACAUCAGCAAGAUUUCUAAAAAUCCGA